AUGUUCGGCAUCUUGGCGGCCGCCACGGUCCCCAAUGGCAACGUCUACGCCUCGCUUGACGACGUGCUUAGCGACUUGACUGACCGCACACAGAAAGAGGGCUACAAGAUUGUCAAGCUCCGUUCACAUCGGAACCGGCCCGGCGAACCUGUUAUGCGCGUCGAUCUGUGCUGCGACCGAGGUGGUCAGCCGUACAAGUCCAUCGCGACAAAGCACAAGACCUCGACCAAGAAGACCGAUUGCCCGUGGAAGGCCAAGGCUGUCGACCGCAAAACCGUUGGCGGCUGGGUUUUGACCAUCAUCUGCGAUCAACACAACCAUGAGCCUGGAACACCGGAGCCGCCGACCCCGUCACAGGGCAGCGAGGCCGAGGACAAUGAUGCCGAAGGAGACAUGCCAGAGGGACCCCAACCCGAUCCCGAGACUGCGGCGGCCUUCCAGGUCGCCGGCGUGUCCGACUCUCUCCUCCGUCUGAGCGGCGACACGUUCCACAAGUUCAAGAACGACUAUCGAAAGAUGUCACAGCCAGACCGGAUAGGGAUGCUCGCGCAGCUGCAACUACGAAUCGCUGCCAUUUACGCCCUGCAGAACGAAGACUUGCAGCGGCAAAAGCGACAAGAGGCUCAGGACAGGCGUCACCAGGAAAUCGAGGAGAACAGGCGAAGAAGCGAGGCGGAGGACGAGGAAAGUAGGAGAAGAAUCGCGUCACAAAACGAACAGCGAACAAGUCGCCAGCAGAACCUGCCGCCCACCAGGACCCAGCUCAUGUUCCACAGCGCCAACAGCCGCCAAGCUCGAACGCUGCAGCGACGGUCCGGCGCGCAGCAGCAGGCCCAGAGCAAUCCCGAUCAAUAUGCCCCGAUAGCGCCAGCGCCAGCACCACCCCAACCGCAGUUCGAACCCAUGCCACCCACGGUCAACAACGAGGCUGCAACAGCCGUAACGCCCGUGCCAUAUCCCCUGAAUGUGCGGUAUAGGAUCUACCCGGGCCCUCCAAAACGGAUACGGGGUGGCCGGCAGCGAGGCGGCAUGGCUGGACAACGCGCGCAGCACACGGCGCAGCAGGGCGGCCAGUCAAGCGCAUCCGGUCCUCAGCAAACGCCGCAGCAUUCGGCUCAGGCGACACCAUCCAUCGAGUCGAGCUCGUAA